UACUUUCGAUUUGUGACAAUAUUGUUCGUUGCUUCGCUCUGUCUCUCUUCUUCUUCGUUGCGCCGGCAGAAAUUCUAAUGCUUGCUUUAGGCUGCUUGCGGGAACGUGUUCGACGAAAUGCCUGAGAGAUGCAAUCGCUCAUUGUUUCUCCAAAUUAUCUCUCUUUACCUCCGAGGUCAAUUAAAGAUCUGAAAUUUACGGCUCUUUCCUCCUCCUUAAUUGUCGUCUUCAACCCACGGCAAGCGCCGCAGUUUUCUCUAGGUCAACGUUCGUCUUUCAGAUUUGGGGAUUUGAGAAGAAGAAAAAGGGGUCCUGUUUUCAAAGGGUGUAAGGGUUGGAGCCGCGAGGAGGGCAACUUGGCGUUGGAAGCUGAGAUUUUGGUGUUCAUGAAAAAAUCGAAGAAGCCUAACGCUUUUCCAACGAAGAAGGAACUUUUGGAUGCGGGGAGGGAGGAUUUGGCGGAGGCAGUUGUCAAGCAGGGAGGUUGGUUGUCUAUGGGUUGGAAUUUGAAUAAAGUUGAGGAAGACAGUCAAGAUGAAAUUCCUGUUAGGGAGAUUGACAGCCAAGCUUAUUUGCAGAAAAUAGAGAGAAUUUACGAAUGUAAGCACGCAACCCAUUCUGAUGCCUCAGAAGUUCUUCAAGCUGGGUCUUUGCAUACUACCACUUCAUCCUCUUGUGGAUUAUCAGAACUUGAAGGCGAAGAGGACAGUGGGAUUCAAGGUAUACUGAAGCGGUUGGAGAAACAGAGAAAUUUCGCAUUUGGUGUUAAUUUGGCUAAAAAUUCAUCUACUGAAGAACAUGUGGACAAAUGUGACUAUCCAAGUCCUGGAAAUUGGAGACGAGAGGACAGAGCCAACUUUGAAGGAAGCGGCAGGGAUGUCCUAUCAAGAAACCUUGACGUAAGCAUGUUGGAUAAUUGUAAUGGAAAACCUACUCAAAAGGGCGGUAGUUCAAGAAAUUCACCCGAUGAAGCACUGUGCUGGAGAACAUGGAGCAUCCAGCGAGCAGCCUCAAACGCAGAAUUUGAAGUUGGUGAAAUUUCAUUUCGUAAGGAUCAAUUGCAAGGAGGUGACGUUCAGAAGAAGGAUGAUGAUAUCCUUGCAAUGCCAGAAAAUGUCAAUGGCAGUGUCUACCGGCAGAAAAGCAUUACUCUCAAAGAAGUUCAAACUCGCUUGCAGGAGCUGGAGCUUGAGCUCUCAUCUACACUUCAUUCAUUCAGGUCCAACAGUAAGCAAGUUAAUUCACACAAGGAAGGCAGAGCUUCUUCCCAUGUCUGGCAGGAACUUUCUGAUGCUUGGGAGUUUCAAGAAAAUGAGAUAAUGAAGGCGAAUGACAAAUUGAGGUCAUUACGCUCCAAAUUGGUGGUUUUGGAAGGGAAGAUGGCAUUUGCUUUAUUUGAUUCUCAAAAGUUGAUGUAUGAGAGGAGGAAGAAAGUUGACAGUCUUCUUAAAGCUGCAGAGAUUAUCCGCACAACAUGUGUGGUUUGGCCUAAUCCUGCUUCUGAAGUUCUUUUAGCUGGAUCUUUUGACGGAUGGACCAGUCAGAGGAAGAUGGAAAUAUCAAAAACCGGGAUAUUUUCUUUGUGGCUGAAGUUGUAUCCUGGUAAAUAUGAGAUCAAGUUCAUCAUAGAUGGACAAUGGAAGGUAGAUCCACUACGUCCUACAGUUAACAACAAUGGGUACGAGAAUAAUCUUCUCAUUAUAACAUGAGACAGGAAAUUAGAGGCGACUUUUUGUAAUGUUGUUGAGAUUAUAUAUUUCGGCCUUUUAUGUCUAAUGUUACAAGCCUGACAAUAGAUCUUAGCAGUAGAGAUUUGCUUAUUUUAUGUCUAGUUCCACUUCUCUACUUAUCCCUCUUCUCCCUUUAAUAUUUUUAUGUACAGAUUCAUCAUAGAGUUGUAGAAUAACAAAUAAACUAUCUUCAAAGUUUGUCAAACUCUUGAAUCUUGAUGCUUUCCAUGUGCAUGGCUUAACAAGCAA